GUGGGGGGGCGGAGGUUCUGGACAGCACUAACUGUAAAGCUGCUAAUCCUUUUCUUUGUACUGAAACCAGUGAUUAAUAAGAUUGUAGCAGUAUAUCCUGUACUGAAUCUUGACAGCUUUCGAUGAGGCAUCGCUCAAGAAUGAACUAGAGUGGUUGGACCACGAGUUGGCCAAUCAGCAACAAAGAAACGUGGCUUGAGAGCAGACCACGCCCUCCGGGGGCUCCGAUAAGAAGGGAGGAGCUCGCGUUGUAUCGGCGCGUGAACAGAGAACGAAGCACACCUGUUGGGCAGCUGUAGGUGAGCCGGGAGUUUGGAUACUGGCACUUUGACAGACCAAAGGGAUUUUUUGGCGUGCGACAGCGGCAGCGAAACAUAAACUGCAAGAGUCCUGUCGGGGGGAAAAAUGGAAUUUGAUAAUUUAAAGUCCUCAGUCGCACUCAUUUACGAUGAGUUCAUCCAAAAUGCCGACCGGCGGACGGACACCUGGUUCCUCAUGUCCUCUCCUCUCCCCCAAACAAUUGUCAUCGCUGCGUACAUUUACUUUGUCACAUCGCUGGGGCCUCGGAUGAUGCAGAACCGCAAGGCCUUCGACCUCAAAGGAGUUCUGAUCCUCUACAACUUCGGCGUGGUGGCUCUCUCGCUCUACAUGUGUUACGAGUUUGUGAUGUCUGGAUGGGGAACCGGAUACUCCUUUCACUGUGACCCGGUCGACUACUCCAAUUCUCCACAGGCUUUGAGGAUGGCGUCCACAUGCUGGCUUUACUACUUCUCAAAGUUCAUUGAGAUGUUGGACACGAUCUUCUUUGUGCUGAGAAAGAAGAAUAGCCAGGUGACAUUUCUUCAUCUCUUUCAUCACUCGAUCAUGCCCUUUACCUGGUGGUUUGGAGUUCGCUUUUCAGCAGGUGGGAUGGGGACAUUCCACGCCCUGCUUAACUGUAUCGUCCAUGUUAUCAUGUACUCUUACUAUGGCCUGACUGCUUUAGGCCCAAACUACCAGAAGUACCUGUGGUGGAAAAAAUACCUGACCACCAUUCAGCUGAUCCAGUUUGUUAUGGUGACGAGCCACAUCUCCCAGUAUUUCUUCGUAAAGCACUGCGCCUACCAGUUCCCCAUCUUUGUCUACAUCAUCGGCUCGUACGGCCUGAUUUUCCUGUUCCUCUUCCUCAACUUCUGGUACCACGCCUACACCAAGGGCAAGAGGCUGCCUAAAGUACUGCAGAAUCAGGCAUGGGCACACCACAGCAACGGAGUUAUGAAUGGAAACGCCAGUCAUGAAAAAGAUGAGUGAUGCAGGCCGGUGGGUGUCGGGGUUGACCUCAUUAUGUAAGCUAACCACUGCAGUGGGGCUCAACCCCAUUACUUUGGACUGUACUUUCUGUUUUCUACUCGCAAAGACAAUCUUUAAUAACCAAAGCUCUAUUUAAGAAGUUUAUUGACUCAAGCUGAAGGGUUUUUAUCGUGUGUAUAUAUUUUGUUUACAAUGAAGGUAAAGCCCAAGUUCUGCUAUGAAGUUUCCAAAUAUCCCUCCUCUCUGUUACAGUAUGGUUUAAAAAAAAUUUCAAGCGUCCGAAAUCGACCCCACUAUUCACACGGAGUGUAGGGCUUCACCUAUGAUAAGACUGUGGGACCCUCGGCUGUACACUCCAACAUGGCUUCCUCUAAAAGCUUCCAAUGAUGUGAUCGUUUUUAACUUUUGUGACUUGAUCUUAAGACUUUUCAGGAAAUCCAGUUAAGGGUUGUUGUUUUGUUUUUUUUUAAAGUUGUGCACUGAAAAGUUUUUGUUGUUUCACCUGGCCCCAAAAAAGUAUUUUUAAAUGGUGUUCAGGCUACACGUGUCUUUGUUAAAUGGUUACAUGUACAACGGGGUGUCUUUUGGUCACAUAUUAAAACCCACUUCUCUAGUCACAAUUGUUGCUGAUGGUACACACAUAGUGAAAAGGGCUCUCUUUAUAUACAGUAGAAUACGUUUGUUCUCCUGAUGUAAUAGUUCUCCUAUGAAGCAAUGAUGUGACGGAUGCCAGAGAGGAAGGCUGAUGGACCAAUGUGGUUCUUGUAGGAUCCAGAGCUGGAGUUUUACUACUUCCUUAUUGCGAAAAUUAGAUUGUUAUAGAACUGCAGUAUGCAUAUUUACUAUUUAGCCAACCAGUCGGAAAAUGUUAAGUAUUUUUGCUUCACGUGUUUGAAGUUCUGUGGCUAAAGAACUCUUUAGGCAGCUGGAGUCAAGUUGUGCCUUUUUUAGAAUGAGGUCUGUGGAGCAGUUUAUUAUGAUCUUAAGUAAGAAAAAAAAAAAAGUGAAUGUAACACUAUGCUCCUUUUGACUGAGGACACAGGAUUGAGCUCGAUGUGGAAAGGGUUCCAUCUUUUAUUGGUGCAAGUCCAGGCUGACACUAAAGAUUUACAGUUGUAAAAUUGAGUACAAAUCAGGGUGAACCUUUUUUCAGAUCCCUUAUUAUACCAAUAGUUAAUACUGUAAGAAAUUGUAUGAAAUGUCUUUUAUAUGUAUUUAUAUGGCAAUAAAUGGUCAA